UUCCAUCCGCGUGGGACUUGAGUAUUAAGGGGAAAUGCCUUGACCCCCUCGCACCUAUGAUGGCCCUAGGUAUCGUGAACAGUAUACUGGCCGUUUUAGUGCUCUUGUUACCCGUCAAGGUCGUCGUCCCGCUCCAGAUGCCAUGGAGGAAGAAGGCUCCGAUCCUCGGUGUGUUUGCACUGGGCAUUAUGUACGUCCAUGACAUCUAGCUCGGUUCGCUUUGCGUGCAUCAAAUCUGCAGCUAACAUGAUCACAGUGUCGGCGCCGCCUCAAUCGUUCGCACUGUCGGGGACCAUAGAUUUGGUGAAGAGGUUGGAGGAUAUUACCUGGGACCUGGGCCCAUUGAUGAUAUGGGCUCUGCUGGAAGCCGACGGGGACGUAGUCUGUGUGUCUGCCCCUGCGUUGCAACCUUUUUUUGCGGGAUGCUUACCAUCUCUGCUGUCUCGAGCACAGGAAAGCUCCUCGAGGAACCGCUUCGUGCCUUACUUGAGCGCCACCGAGAGGAACAAGCAGCGGCAGAAGAAUCGAACACACUCGUACGAGAUUCCCAGUCUUGGUCACUGCCCGCCGGGUGGAUGAGAAAAGUUGACGGUGUUGGUGGUACGUAAGAGGAGCACUCUGUCACGGAACGAUGGCCACGUUGAAAUGAUUGAGAUAGCUUGGAAACGGUGGAGAGGUAUGGAGAGACAUGAAAAUGAGAACAGGCUUUGACAAGUGGAGUUG